AUGCUCGACAAGAGCCACUGCCGCUUCGACCCUUUUGCGCCGUCGUCGGAGUACGCGGACUUUUACGCGCAGCCGAGCCAGGCGGGCGAUCAUCAUGAUGAUAAUGACGACGGUCGACAACUCGCACGGGCUGAUGGGACGUUUACCCUCUCCUCCGGAAAGAUCCUAGCCAGCCGGUCCGCCCCGCCACCCAGACCACCCCGCCUCACCCGGAGCCAAAAGCAAGAAGCACCCGCCGAGAGCGGCCCCACCACGGCCACUACCACCGACGACGACGACGACCACGUUUCGACCACGGGCGCCUUAACCAAGGCAGAGAGGCGCGAGGUCGCCCUCUCCAGCCGCAUGGCAGCCCUCAGCGUCUCCGACCGACACGCCAUCGCCCACCUGCCCGCCUCGGAGCAGAGGGCCACGAUGCAGCGACGCGACCGCGCGCUCCAGAGAGCGCGGAGGGCGGAUAGGCGGAUGGCGAGCCGCGUCGAGGUCAUGGGCAACAAGACGCUCAUGCAGCAUUACCGCGCCUCGGGCACUGAGCGGCCAAACGGUUAA